AUGCGGUUCCUUUCUGAAACCAAGGGCCCAGAUCGACGAGCCCUUGGGCCUCAGAUGCAAGUCAUCGGCGCUGGUCUCCCUCGAUGUGCAACCUCAUCGCUUCAAGCUGCUUUUGAGUCUCCUCAUCUGGGAUUCUUCCCUUGCAUGCACAUGGCCCAUGUAAUGCCCAGCAAUGCGCGCGCCGAGAUCGUCCUCGAAGCCAUGCAAGAACGCGACAAGCAAAAAAGACAGGCUUUGCUGCACAAGAUUUUCGAUGGCUACAAAGCCACUGCGGACUUCCCUGGAUUCUGGUUCAUCGACGAUCUGAUGGACAUGUAUCCAGACGCCUUGCUGGUUUUAAACCAGCGAAAAGGAGGUGAUAAGUCCUGGCUGCAAAGCUGGAACAAUAGCAUAGCUUUUUUCCGCACAUGGACUUAUCUGUUGCUCUGCCUGCCCGUGAAAAACGAUCGUCUGCACUGGUAUAUGCACUACAUAGCAAAGAAACAAUGGGAGGAGCGGUGGCACACUAACGAUCUGGAUGGCUUUUAUGAUGCAUACCAGAAGCAUGUCCUCGACGAAGCCAAGAAGAGGAACAGCAAGGUUUUGGUCUGGACGGCUGAGGAUAGCUGGGGACCGCUGUGCGAAUUCCUGGGCAAAGAGGUGCCAAAAGACGAGCCAUUUCCUUGGGUCAAUGACACGGCUGCGAUGAAAUUCCUUCACAGGAUCCUUAUUGCCAGAGGUAUAGCAUCGUGGUUGGCCAUCUUUGGCAGUGCAUAUGCGGCAUGGACCUAUGGACCAUCCCUUUUGCAGAAGGGAUCGCAUCUUUUUCAGAACUUGUUGCAGAGCAGGCUCGCCAGCUGA